AUGUCGAAGCAAGGUAUGGUGCAACAUCAAGAGAGGUAUGUCAAAGAGAUACUCAAGAGAUUCAGAAUGGAUGAUUCGAUUCCUGCAUCUUCACCUGUCGAACCAAAUGUGAAGUUGGAGAAGAAUGGAGAGGAAGACAAAGUCGAUGUAACUUUGUUCAAGCAAAUUGUGGGAUCUCUGAGGUAUAUUUGCAACAGCCGACCAGAUAUAGGUUUCACAGUCAGAUUAGUGAGCAGAUACAUGAGUGAACCAAAAGUGUCACACAUGAAGGCUGCAAGAAUAAUUCUAAGAUACUUAAAAGGAUCGAUAGAGUGUAGAAUUCUAUUUCGACGAAACUUUGAAGACAAAGAAGCAAGAGUUACUUAUUUUUUACAUGUUGAUUGGUGCGGAGAUAAGGAAGAUCGAAGAAGCACAACUGGAUAUUUCUUUCAAGUGUUUGGUGCCCCAAUUUCAUGGUGUUCGAAGAAACAACAUGUGGUGGCAUUAUCAUCGUGUGAAGCUAAAUAUAUAGAAGGAUCCUAUGUUGCAUGUCAAGCAAUUUGGAUCAGAUUGGAACUUGAAGAAAUGGAGGUCAAAGUAAAGAAACCUCUUGUGUUGCAAAUCGACAACUAG